UGUGAUGCUCCACUGGCCUCUUCUUUGCCGCAGCUGUCCUUUAGCAGCUCCUCACAGCUGUCCAACAGUCAUGGCCCUGGCUUUGCAAGACUGAAUCGAAGAGAUGGAGCUGGUGGAUGGACACCCCUUGUGUCAAAUGAGUAUCAAUGGCUGCAGAUUGACCUUGGAGAGCGAAUGGAGGUCACGGCUGUGGCCACCCAGGGGGGAUAUGGGAGUUCUAACUGGGUGACCAGCUACCUCCUGAUGUUCAGUGAUGGCAGAAGGCACUGGAAGCAGUAUCAGCAAGAAGAAAGCAUCUGGGGAUUUCUAGGAAACACAAAUGCAGACAGUGUGGUGCAAUACAGACUCCAGCCUUCCAUCCAUACCAGGUUCUUGCGCUUUCUCCCUUUAGCCUGGAAUCCCAAGGGCAGGAUUGGGAUGCGGAUAGAAAUAUAUGGGUGUUCUUAUAAAUCUGAGGUGGUUUAUUUCGAUGGACAAAGUUCUCUCCUCUACAAAUUUGAUAAAGGAGCCAUAAGACCAAUAAGAGAUGUUAUUUCCUUUAAAUUUAAAGCCAUGCAGAGCAGUGGAAUUAUAUUCCAUGGUAAAGGACAACAUGGGAAUCAAAUGGUUUUGGAAUUAGUCAAUGGAAAGCUUGUCCUUUAUCUUAGUUCAGGUGAUGGAAAUCUGCUCCCUGUUAAUGCUAAGAUGAACUUCACCUUAGGCAGCCUUCUGGAUGACUGGCACUGGCACUCUGUGCUCAUUGACUUCUUCAAUGUACAUGUGAACUUCACCUUAGACAAACACAUCCAUCAUGACUUUAUGCACAAGGAAUCCAGUUUCUUGGAUCUUAAUUUUGAGAUCAGCUUUGGAGCAAUUCUGAUACCUGGAGGACAUUCUUUGACAUUCCCACAUAAAAAUUUUCGUGGAUGUUUAGAAAAUAUUUAUUAUAAUGGAGUGAAUAUUAUUAAAUUAGCCAAGAAACAUGAACAGCAAACCCUAAUUAAGGGAAAUGUGUCUUUCACAUGUCCACAACCACAGACAGUUCCGGUGACUUUUCUGAGUUCUAAGAGCCACCUGGCUUUGCCAGGCAAUUUAAAAGAAGAUAAAAUGUCCCUCGCUUUUCAGUUUCGGACGUGGAACAAGGCAGGACUUGUGCUUUUUAGCGAACUGGGGCAUGGUUCAGGAAGUUUGACCCUCUUUCUUAUGGAUGGAAAACUCAUCCUGAGCAUCUCCGAGCCAGGGCAGCCCUUGCAGACCAUCACAGCAGGUGCUGUAAUGAAUGAUGGGCUGUGGCACUCAGUUUUCUUGUCUGCUAAGGGGAGCCAUCUAAGCCUUGUGGUAGAUGACAACUUCUCUGCUCAAACUCUGGUGUCUGUGUGGAAUCAUUCAGGAGAUACUUACUAUUUUGGAGGCUGUCCCAACAAGAGCUCUAGCUUUGGGUGUGAAAGUUCUUUUGGAGGCUUCCAGGGAUGCCUGGGACUCAUUUCUAUUGGUGACAAAGUAGUGGAUCCUAAUGCAGUACAGCAGGGAGUGCUGGGGGCCUUCAGAGAUCUCCAGAUAGACUCCUGUGGCAUCAUAGACAG